AACUCAGACUCUCAGCCAAUCAGAAGUUGGCAUUUCCGGGACUUACGCGGUGCGUUGAGUCGACAGCUUACUGUACCGCAGAGCUUUUCUUGAGCAAAUCUUGACGGAUAGCCGCUACAAAGUGACGUUUUGACGGGUUUGGCCCAACCCCCUACCCCACCAUGCCUCUGGUGACGAGGAACAUAGAGCCGCGGCAUGUGUGUCGCCAGAGCAUCCCUACCACCAUCCGCAGCGAGCUGGAAUGUGUCACUAACAUCACCCUGGCCAACAUCAUCCGGCAGCUCGGCAGUCUCAGCAAAUAUGCAGAGGACGUGUUCGGGGAGCUGUUUCGCGAGGCUGGAGAAUUUGCCUACAGAGUGAGCAACCUGGGAGACAGAGUGGAUCGUCUGCAGGUUAAAGUCACCCAGCUGGACCCCAAAGAAGAGGAGGUCUCUCUGCAGUCCAUCACUACCCGUAAGGCCUUCCGCAGCACUCUGACCCAGGACCAGCAGCUGUUCACCAGGCCGUCUCUGCCUUUGCCUGUGCAAGACACCUACGUGACCUGUAAUCCUCCUCCGCCUCUCGACCAGCUCAGCCAGUUCCGGGAUGAUGGGAAGGAAGCCCUGAAGUUUUACACGGAUCCCUCCUAUUUCUUUGACCUGUGGAAAGAGCAGAUGCUGCAGGACACCAAGGACAUCAUGAAGGAGAGACGCAAGCACAGAAGAGAGAAGAAAGACCAUCUGAACCAACGAACGCUCAAUCCCCGAAAAAUUAAGACCAGAAAGGACGAAUGGGAACGGCGUAAAAUGGGAGAGGAGUUUGUUGUCCCAAAGAAUGAGAUGAAUUCCUCCGAGGGUUUGAACGGCAGCAUCGGAUCAGGAGAUGGCUUCACUUCUGAAGGCCUGGAGCAGAGUACAGGCUCCUACGCGUAUGAUCCCGGCUCCCCUCUCCCUCCACCUGCCGAUGACUUCCUCCCUCCACCUCCAGACGCGGCGUAUAAUGGAGCAGCAGGCCAGAAGCGCACGAGCAUGUUGAGCCCGAGCCACCCACCUCCGGCUCCCCCGAUGGCUUCUUCUCCACCAAACUCCCGCCCAACCCUCUCCCCCCCUCCCGCACCUCCCCCCCCUCCUCCUCCCUCUGGUUUUGGGGUGCCUCCGCCUCCCCCUGACUUUGACAGCUCUCCUCUUCCUCCUCCACUUUCCUCCUCUCCCACCUCUUAUCCCUCCCCACCUGCACCCCCACCAGCCCCACCUGCUAUGUCCUCUGUUUGUCCUCCCCCUCCUCCUAUGCCCAUGGGUGGUGGGCCACCACCGCCCCCACCUCCCCCUCCUCCCCCUGGGCCUCCCCCUCCAUCCUUUGACCAUUCUGCUCCUCCUCCUCCCUCCACUGGUGGUGGUGCAGCCUCAGCUCCCAAGCCUCAGCCAGAACCCGAAGGUGAUGGUCGCAGUGACCUGCUGCAGGCCAUCCGACAAGGUUUUAACUUGCGUAAGGUGGAGGCGCAGCGCGAGCAGGAGAAGAGGGAUCACUUUGGGAACGACGUGGCUGCGAUCCUGUCGCGUCGUAUCGCUGUGGAGUGCAGCGACAGCGAGGAGGACUCCUCAGAGUUUGACGAUGACGAGUGGUCUGACUGAUCAGCGUCCCAUUUCACCUUCACUACUGACUUUUAUCUUUUUUUUUUCUUCUUUGACCUUAAACAUUUGGGCAUUUCCUUUCAGAUAACAUUCUUCAACCUUUUAUUUUUUUCCUGUAUACAGUAAGUCGGUGUGUGCAAGUUUUCUGAACUUGCGAUGCAUUUCAGAUGACAUUCCUUAACCAGUUUAUUUACAUUUAUUCAAACUUGUCCAGCACAAACAUUGAGAAAAGAACGCUAGUGUGCCUGCUUGAUUUCUUAAUUUGGGACUGGUUUCCCUGGACAACCCGCCACUGUUAUUAAUCUUAGAAGUAUUAUGUGAUGUCUUUUGGCUGAGCGUUGAGUGUGAGCACAUCAUCUUCAUCUUCUUCUUGUGACCUGUUGGAAGCAGGUAUUCUCUGCUGCCAGCAGCAUGUAGUACAUUUAUAACGUAUGAUCGAGAGGACGUUCGCACCCACAUGCAACCUGUUGAAUCCACAAUAGCUGUUUGUCCUUAUAUUAAAGAUAUGAAACCUCAUUGAUCAUGUAAUAAAUGUAAAGUCUGUAUUACAUCUUUAAAAGAUAAGAAGUUUAAUAAUAUCAGUUCAGCCUUCUAAGACCUUUUUCUUUUUUUUCCCUCUUUCAUCUCACGUUUGUUUUUAGCAUUUUCUUUCUUCAGGUGAUUAUGGAAGCAAAUGGCUCGACGUAGUGCAAAAGCACACUGAUGAGAAGAUAUUUGGUCCAUGUCAGAACAUAUGCAGGCAUUUUCUUCAAAACAAUUGUGAUUUAUUCUGUAAUCUGUGUUUCCUUUAUCAUGUCUCUUUUCUUCUUCUUUAUGAAAUUGGGGUUUCCAAGGAAUAAUUGGGCUCUGUCUCUUCAGUCACUAAUAGACUCUCGGGUUUUUGCCUUAUUCAGUGCCUUUUCACAUUUUUCUCUACUAAUUUGGUAAUCCUCACUAGUCAGGAUCAGCUUCUUCCUAAACCCUUGACGGCUUUCUUUGAUAAGUCAAAUUAUAAGUGCCUUUUAUUUGGAUCUGCUUGUGUUACAGAACCAAAGUUGUGCUUCUCCUGCCUAAGUUUCUAAAUGAUUUAUUUCAAUAAAUAUAAAGUGAAUUUAAA